CUGAGUGCUACAGUCGGAGUGCGUCUGCCUCGCCGUGAAUGGCCCGGUGCUCUUGGUACUCGCUGGAAUUUAGUGCGUCUUGGGUGCGCUCGAAUCUCAUCGCCAGAAAUUGAGGUUUCUGAUGCUCGUGGAUCGCCGACGCGCACAGCCUUCUCGUCGUUGGAAAACUGGUGGCUCUCCUUCUUGCCGAGGGAGAUGACGGAAUUUUGGGUACUUUCUGAGGGGAUUGUUACUAUCAAAUAUGGAAUGGAGACCCGAUUUGAUUCGUGGAAGCAAUUUUUCUGCCUUCACGGCCCCUUUGAAAUUCAACCCUUUCUACAACCUUCUCUUUAUAACGGUACUGUUUAUCCUGUUGAGUAUGAUGCGUGGCUUGCUGCUGUUGUUUUCGAGGAUUGUAAAUGGCUGAAGAACAUUGAUCCUGCUGCACCUUUUGUUUUUGAGAUUUGGGUGUGGAAAGAAGCCGCCACGUGGUCUCGGGUGUUCACAGGGGAAAUCCGAAUGGCUGAGAUUUAG